CCCCGCGUACCUGUUGAACUUUGAUGAACUACGACCCUGGCUGACCUUAUCAGCGGCCUGCUAUGUCAUUUGUUCUGCUCCCUAUUUAAGCACCAACUAAGGCUCAAAAAUCCAGAGUCUUGCUCGAAAAGUUGCAAUGGUCGUUUUAAGUUGCUUUAUUUGGCUUGCCCUUUACCAAUCUGCAAAUGCAGCGCUGGAGGGUAGUGAAACUAAGUUUGGGGACGAAUCAGCUACAGAAUCGGCGGAAAAAUAUCCUGAUUACUGCUGGAUAGAUCCUUUUCUCCCGGGCUGUCCAUUUGGUCCGGGUGAUGGCACCACUAGGACUUCAGCGCCGGCAACAACAAAGUCAACAACCGUCACAACCAAAAUUAAAUCCACAACCCAACAGAAAACUACUGCAAGGACUACUAACGAGCCAACCACUGAAAAUACCAAAACUCCAAAGACGAGCACGAUUAAAUCAACAGCAGAGCCAGCCACAGAUAAAACAACAACUCUGAAGACCACCACAAAUAAAUCGACAGCAGAGCCAACAUCCCAACAGACAACUACCGAAAAGACUACUAACGAGCCAACCACUGAGAAAAUAACAACUCCAAAGGCAACCACUAUUAAAUCGACAGCACAGCCAACAACCCAAAAGACAACGACUAAAGCCACAACAAUAGAGCCAACAACUGAAAAAACAACAACGCUGAAGACCACCACAAAUAAAUCGACAGCACAGACAACAACCCAAGAGACAACUACCGAAAAGACUACUAACGAGCCAACCACUGAGAAAAUUACAACUCCAAAGGCAACCACUAUUAAAUCGACAGUACAGACAACAACCCAAAAGACAACGACUGAAAAGGCCACAACAGAGCCAACAACUGAGAAAACAACAACGCUGAAGACCACCACAAAUAAAUCGACAGCAGAGCCAACAACUCAAAAGACAACGACCGAAAAGACCACUAACGAGCCAACAACUGAGAAAAUAACAACUCCAAAGGCAACCACUGUUAAAUCGACAGCACAGACAAAAACCCAAAAGACAACGACUGAAAAGGCCACAACAGAGCCAACAACUGAGAAAACAACAACGCUGAAGACCUCCACAAAUAAAUCGACAGCAGAGCCAACAACUCAAAAGACAACGACCGAAAAGACCACUAACGAGCCAACCACUGAGAAAAUAACAACUCCAAAGGCAACCACUAUUAAAUCGACAGCACAGACAUCAACCCAAAAGACAACGACUGAAAAGGCCACAACAGAGCCAACAACUAAGAAAACAACAACGCUGAAGACCACCACAAAUAAAUCGACAGCAGAGCCAACAACCCAAAAGACAACGACCGAAAAGACCACUAACGAGCCAACCACUGAGAAAAUAACAACUCCAAAGGCAACCACUAUUAAAUCGACACCACAGACAAAAACCCAAAAGACAACGACUGAAAAGGCCACAACAGAGCCAACAACUGAGAAAACAACAACGCUGAAGACCACAACAAAUAAAUCGACAGCAGAGCCAACAACCCAAAAGACAACGACUGAAAAGGCAAAAACAGAGCCAACAACUGAGAAAACAACAACGCUGAAGACCACCACAAAUAAAUCAACAGCAGAGCCAACAACCCAAAAGACAACUACCGAAAAGGCAACAACAGAGCCAACAACUAAGAAAACAACAACGCUGAAAACCACCACCAAUAAAUCGACAGCAGAGCCAACAACCCAAAAGACAACGACUGAAAAGGAAAAAACAGAGCCAACAACUGAGAAAACAACAACGCUGAAGACCACCACAAAUAAAUCAACAGCAGAGCCAACAACCCAAAAGACAACUACCGAAAAGACUACUAACGAGCCAACCACUGAAAAUAUAACAACUCCAAAGGCAACCACUAUUAAAUCGACAGCACAGACAACACCCCAAAAGACAACGACUGAAAAGGCAACAACAGAGCCAACAACUAAGAAAACAACUACGCUGAAGACCACCACAAAUAAAUCGACAGCACAGACAACACCCCAAAAGACAACGACUGAAAAGGCAACAACAGAGCCAACAACUAAGAAAACAACAACGCUGAAGACCACCACAAAUAAAUCGACAGCAGAGCCAACAACCCAAAAGACAACGACUGACAAGGCAAAAACAGAGCCAACAACUGAGAAAACAACAACGCUGAAGACCACCACAAAUAAAUCAACAGCAGAGCCAACAACCCAAAAGACAACUACCGAAAAGACUACUAACGAGCCAACCACUGAGAAUAUAACAACUCCAAAGGUAUCCACUAUUAAAUCGACAGCACAGACAACACCCCAAAAGACAACGACUGAAAAGGCCACAACAGAGCCAACAACUGAGAAAACAACAACGCUGAAGACCACCACAAAUAAAUCAACAGCAGAGCCAACAACCCAAAAGACAACGACUAAAAAGGCAAAAACAGAGCCAACAACUGAGAAAACAACAACGCUGAAGACCACCACAAAUAAAUCAACAGCAGAGCCAACAACCCAAAAGACAACUACCGAAAAGACUACUAACGAGCCAACCACUGAGAAAAUAACAACUCCAAAGGCAGCCACUAUUAAAUCGACAGCACAGACAACACCCCAAAAGACAACGACUGAAAAUGCAACAACAGAUCCAACAACUAAGAAAACAACUACGCUGAAGACCACCACAAAUAAAUCGACAGCACAGACAACACCCCAAAAGACAACGACUGAAAAGGCAACAACAGAGCCAACAACUAAGAAAACAACAACGCUGAAGACCACCACAAAUAAAUCAACAGCAGAGCCAACAACCCAAAAGACAACGACUGACAAGGCAAAAACAGAGCCAACAACUGAGAAAACAACAACGCUGAAGACCACCACAAAUAAAUCAACAGGAGAGCCAACAACCCAAAAGACAACUACCGAAAAGACUACUAACGAGCCAACCACUGAGAAAAUAACAACUCCAAAGGCAACCACUAUUAAAUCGACAGCACAGACAACAACCCAAAAGACAACUACCGAAAAGACUACUAACGAGCCAACAACUGAGAAAACAACAACGCUGAAGACCACCACAAAUAAAUCGACAGCAGAGCCAACAACCCAAAAGACAACGACUGAAAAGGCCACAACAGAGCCAACAACUGAGAAAACAACAAAGCUGAAGACCACCACAAAUAAAUCGACAGCAGAGCCAGCAACCCAAAAGACAACUACCGAAAAGACUACUAUCGAGCCAACCACUGAGAAAAUUACAACUCCAAAGGCAACCACUAUUAAAUCAACGGCACAGACAACACCCCAAAAGACAACCACUGAGAAAAUAACAACUCCGAAGGCAACCACUAUUAAAUCGACAGCACAGCCAACAACCCAAAAGACAACGACUAAAGCCACAACAACAGAGCCAACAACUGAAAAAACAACAACGCUGAAGACCACCACGAUUAAAUCGACAUCUGAGCCAAUAACAACUCUGAAGACAACCACCAUUAAAUCGACUGCAGAGACAAAAAAGACGAGGCAUGAACUCACAACUCAGAAAUCAACAACUUUAAAGACUACUGAAGAACCAACUACUCGCAAGACAUCUACCACAAAGACUACUAGAGAGCCAACAACAAAGAGGGUAACAACUGAAAAGACAACUCGGGAGCCGACCACUCGUAAGACAACCACAACAACAGAGCCAACAACUGAAAAAACAACAACGCUGAAGACCACCACAAAUAAAUCGACAGCACAGACAACAACCCAAAAGGCAACGACUGAAAAGGCCACAAAAGAGCCAACAACUAAGAAAACAACAACGCUGAAGACCACCACAAAUAAAUCGACAGCAGAGCCAACAACCCAAAAGACAACUACCGAAAAGACUACGAACGAGCCAACCACUGAGAAAAUAACAACUCCAAAGGCAACCACUAUUAAAUCGACAGCAGAACCAACAACACAAAAGACAACUACCGAAAAGACUACUAACGAGCCAACCACUGAGAAAAUAACAACUCCAAAGGCAACCACUAUUAAAUCGACAGCACAGCCAACAACCCAAAAGACAACAACUAAAGCCACAACAACAGAGCCAACAACUGAAAAAACAACAACGCUGAAGACCACCACAAAUAAAUCGACAGCACAGACAACAACCCAAGAGGCAACGACUGAAAAGGCCACAACAGAGCCAACAACUAAGAAAACAACAACGCUGAAGACCACCACAAAUAAAUCGACAGCAGAGCCAACAACCCAAAAGACAACUACCGAAAAUACUACUAACGAGCCAACCACUGAGAAAAUAACAACUCCAAAGGCAACCACUAUUAAAUCGACAGCAGAGCCAACAACCCAUAAGCCAACUACUGCAAGGGCAACGAAAGAACCAAAAACUGAGCAAACAACUUUGAGGACCACCACGAUUAAAUCGACAUCUGAGCCAAUAACAACCCUGAAGACAACCACCAUUAAAUCGACUGCAGAGACAAAAAAGACGACGCAUGAACCCACAACUCCAAAAUCAACAACUUUAAAGACUACUGAAGAACCAACUACUCGCAAGACAUCUACCACAAAGACUACUAGAGAGCCAACUACAAAGAGGGUAACAACUGAAAGGACAACUCGGGAGCCAACCACUCGCAAGACAACAACCCAUAAGACAACAACAGAACCAACGACCAAGAAGACAACAACUACGAAGACAACGCAUGAACCCACAACUCAGAAAUCAACAACUUUAAGGACUACCGAAGAACCAACUACUCGCAAAGCAUCAACCACAAAGACUACUAGAGAGCCAACUACAAAGAGGGUAACAACUGAAAGGACAACUCGGGAGGCAACCACUCGCAAGACAACAACCCAUAAGACAACAGCAGAACCAACGACCAAGAAGACAACAACUAAGAAGACGACGCAUGAACCCACAACUCUGAAAUCAACAACUGUAAGGACUACCGAAGAACCAACUACUCGCAAAACAACUACCAGAAAGACUACUAGAGAGCCAACUACAAAGAGAGUAACAACUGAAAGGACAACUCGGGAGCCAACCACUCGCGAGACAACAACCCAUAAGACAACAGCAGAACCAACAACCAAAAAGACAACGCAUGAACCCACAACUGAGAAAUCAACAACUGUAAGGACUACCGAAGAACCAACUACUCGCAAAACAACUACCAGAAAGACUACUAGAGAGCCAACUACAAAGAGAGUAACAACUGAAAGGACAACUCGGGAGCCAACCACUCGCAAGACAACAACCCAUAAGACAACAACAGAACCAACGACCAAGAAGACAACAACUAAGAAGACGACGCAUGAACCCACAACUCAGAAAUCAACAACUGUAAGGACUACCGAAGAACCAACUACUCGCAAAACAACUACCAGAAAGACUACUAGAGAGCCAACUACAAAGAGGGUAACAACUGAAAGGACAACUCGGGAGGCAACCACUCGCAAGACAACAACCCAUAAGACAACAGCAGAACCAACGACCAAGAAGACAACAACUAAGAAGACGACGCAUGAACCCACAACUCUGAAAUCAACAACUGUAAGGACUACCGAAGAACCAACUACUCGCAAAACAACUACCAGAAAGACUACUAGAGAGCCAACUACAAAGAGAGUAACAACUGAAAGGACAACUCGGGAGCCAACCACUCGCGAGACAACAACCCAUAAGACAACAGCAGAACCAACAACCAAAAAGACAACGCAUGAACCCACAACUGAGAAAUCAACAACUGUAAGGACUACCGAAGAACCAACUACUCGCAAAACAACUACCAGAAAGACUACUAGAGAGCCAACUACAAAGAGAGUAACAACUGAAAGGACAACUCGGGAGCCAACCACUCGCAAGACAACAACCCAUAAGACAACAACAGAACCAACGACCAAGAAGACAACAACUAAGAAGACGACGCAUGAACCCACAACUCAGAAAUCAACAACUGUAAGGACUACCGAAGAACCAACUACUCGCAAAACAACUACCAGAAAGACUACUAGAGAGCCAACUACAAAGAGAGUAACAACUGAAAGGACAACUCGGGAGCCAACCACUCGCAAGACAACAACCCAUAAGACAACAACAGAACCAAGGACCAAGAAGACAACAACUACGAAGGCGACGCAUGAACCCACAACUCAGAAAUCAACAACUGUAAGGACUACCGAAGAACCAACUACUCGCAAAACAACUACCAGAAAGACUACUAGAGAGCCAACUACAAAGAGAGUAACAACUGAAAGGACAACUCGGGAGCCAACCACUCGCAAGACAACAACCCAUAAGACAACAGCAGAACCAACAACCAAAAAGACAACGCAUGAACCCACAACUGAGAAAUCAACAACUUUAAGGACUACCGAAGAACCAACUACUCGCGAAACAUCUAACACAAAGACUACUAGAGAGCCAACUACAAAAAAGGUAACAACUGAAAGGACAACUCGGGAGCCAACCACUCGCAAGACAACAACCCAUAAGACAACAGCAGAACCAACGACCAAGAAGACAACAACUAAGAAGACGACGCAUGAACCCACAACUCAGAAAUCAACAACUGUAAGGACUACCGAAGAACCAACUACUCGCAAAACAACUACCAGAAAGACUACUAGAGAGCCAACUACAAAGAGAGUAACAACUGAAAGGACAACUCGGGAGCCAACCACUCGCGAGACAACAACCCAUAAGACAACAGCAGAACCAACAACCAAAAAGACAACGCAUGAACCCACAACUGAGAAAUCAACAACUGUAAGGACUACCGAAGAACCAACUACUCGCAAAACAACUACCAGAAAGACUACUAGAGAGCCAACUACAAAGAGAGUAACAACUGAAAGGACAACUCGGGAGCCAACCACUCGCAAGACAACAACCCAUAAGACAACAACAGAACCAACGACCAAGAAGACAACAACUAAGAAGACGACGCAUGAACCCACAACUCAGAAAUCAACAACUGUAAGGACUACCGAAGAACCAACUACUCGCAAAACAACUACCAGAAAGACUACUAGAGAGCCAACUACAAAGAGAGUAACAACUGAAAGGACAACUCGGGAGCCAACCACUCGCAAGACAACAACCCAUAAGACAACAACAGAACCAAGGACCAAGAAGACAACAACUACGAAGACGACGCAUGAACCCACAACUCAGAAAUCAACAACUGUAAGGACUACCGAAGAACCAACUACUCGCAAAACAAUUACCAGAAAGACUACUAGAGAGCCAACUACAAAGAGAGUAACAACUGAAAGGACAACUCGGGAGCCAACCACUCGCAAGACAACAACCCAUAAGACAACAGCAGAACCAACAACCAAAAAGACAACGCAUGAACCCACAACUGAGAAAUCAACAACUUUAAGGACUACCGAAGAACCAACUACUCGCGAAACAUCUACCACAAAGACUACUAGAGAGCCAACUACAAAAAAGGUAACAACUGAAAGGACAACUCGGGAGCCAACCACUCGCAAGACAACAACCCAUAAGACAACAGCAGAACCAACGACCAAGAAGACAACAACUAAGAAGACAACGCAUGAACCCACAACUCAGAAAUCAACAACUGUAAGGACUACCGAAGAACCAACUACUCGCAAAACAACUACCAGAAAGACUACUAGAGAGCCAACUACAAAGAGAGUAACAACUGAAAGGACAACUCGGGAGCCAACCACUCGCAAGACAACAACCCAUAAGACAACAGCAGAACCAACGACCAAGAAGACAACAACUAAGAAGACGACGCAUGAACCCACAACUCAGAAAUCAACAACUGUAAGGACUACCGAAGAACCAACUACUCGCAAAACAACUACCAGAAAGACUACUAGAGAGCCAACUACAAAGAGAGUAACAACUGAAAGGACAACUCGGGAGCCAACCACUCGCAAGACAACAACCCAUAAGACAACAGCAGAACCAACAACCAAGAAGACAACAACUAAGAAGACGACGCAUGAACCCACAACUCAGAAAUCAACAACUGUAAGGACUACCGAAGAACCAACUACUCGCAAAACAACUACCAGAAAGACUACUAGAGAGCCAACUACAAAGAGAGUAACAACUGAAAGGACAACUCGGGAGCCAACCACUCGCAAGACAACAACCCAUAAGACAACAGCAGAACCAACGACCAAGAAGACAACAACUAAGAAGACGACGCAUGAACCCACAACUCAGAAAUCAACAACUGUAAGGACUACCGAAGAACCAACUACUCGCAAAACAACUACCAGAAAGACUACUACAAAGAGAGUAACAACUGAAAGGACAACUCGGGAGCCAACCACUCGCAAGACAACAACCCAUAAGACAACAGCAGAACCAACAACCAAAAAGACAACGCAUGAACCCACAACUGAGAAAUCAACAACUUUAAGGACUACCGAAGAACCAACUACUCGCAAAACAUCUACCACAAAGACUACUAGAGAGCCAACUACAAAGAGGGUAACAACUGAAAGGACAACUCGGGAGCCAACCACUCGCAAGACAACAACCCAUAAGACAACAGCAGAACCAACGACCAAGAAGACAACAACUAAGAAGACGACGCAUGAACCCACAACUCAGAAAUCAACAACUGUAAGGACUACCGAAGAACCAACUACUCGCAAAACAUCAACCAUAAAGACUACAAGAGAGCCAACUACAAAGAGGGUAACAACUGAAAGGACAACUCGGGAGCCAACCACUCGCAAGACAACAACCCAUAAGACAACAGCAGAACCAACGACCAAGAAGACAACAACUAAGAAGACGACGCAUGAACCCACAACUCAGAAAUCAACAACUGUAAGGACUACCGAAGAACCAACUACUCGCAAAACAUCUACCACAAAGACUACCAGACAGCCAACCACUCGGGAGCCUACCACAUCAGUAAAGACAACAGCAGAACAAACAACAAAAAGAACGACAGCUGAAAUGAUUACAACAACUCAGGAACCAACAUCCGUAGAAACUACUACCGAUUCUUCGAAUCAGACCAAUACGACCACAGAUUUAACCACCACCGAAAAGCAACAUGUUCACCACCACCAUCACCAUAUUCAUUAUCACAAGCCCGCUGAUCCCGGUCCAUCAUUUCUUCCCCUUCCUGAUCUUCCUCCUCUGCCGUUGCCGCUGCCUUGGCCACCACUGCCACUUCCUGAAUUCCCUCUACCUUUGCCUCCUUUACCACCAGCGUUGCCUCCGCUGCCCCCACUACCCGCACUACCCGCACUACCUCCUUUGCCAGAGGUAAAUUUAACAUCAAUAUCCUUACCAGAAAUUUCCCUUCCUAAUCUGCCACCACUACCACAAUUGCCGAAUCCUUUUCCAAACUUCUUUUGGGGUCGUUAAACACUAAAAAUAAGUUAGUCUCCAAUAUGUAAAAAUAUACAAAUUAAUUGGAAAAG